AUGUCGAUGGGGGUCAAAAAUGAGUCACUGUCAAAUCUCAUCACCGUUGAUAACCAGUACCUCGAUCGCACUACCAUCAGACGCAAUAUUGUGCAAAAGUACCAAGAGACGGUUCACGGGUGCCUACCCGGUGGCGAGGAUGCAGUUCGAGAGCUCUACGAAUACAUUUUAUCGCACCAUUUACCCAAUCGAUUCCCGAGAUUAUUCCGUGUAAACGGAGGACAGUUCCUGAACACGAUAACCAAACGGGCUUUCCCAGUUGAGCCUCCAAAAGACCCCAAUUUGUGUCUGCGCAUCCUGGCCGAGACGGUGGAAGAAGAUAUAUUCCUAUUGAAAGAGACAGAAACCACUCACGUUUGUCUAGCUUUUGCAUGCUGCUUUCCUACCGGCUUCGAUCCAUCCGAGAAACUGGGGAAGGAUCUGAGCGGCAUUCAUGGGCCAGUGCCCACAUAUAACAAGAUUGGUCCAAGUAUGGAGCGCUUUUUCAGGAAGCUGGAGGUAGGUAAGGCGGUUCGUCGAAUGAAUUGGAAUAUACAAACAGGGACUGAACUUAUCAACGUUGCGGGAAAUCAUAUCAAAGAGGGAGACGAGUUCAUCGCCGACGAGGAGGUUGAUUGUUCACGGGCAAAUCUUCGGAUUGAACUCCAAUCUUUAACACGUCUACCAUCAACAAAGUUUAUCCUGUUCUGCUUCAAGACUUUCCUUUAUCCUCUAUCGGAAAUUAAAGAAGAAGGAUCCGGACCAGAUCUAGCCGAUGCUAUCGACGGCUUGCUUAAAGGAAAUUCUCCUGGAAUGCACAGAUACAAGAGUGCAGUGCGAUGGGGCAAAAGCGUGACAGAAUAUCUUCGCCGGCAAUAA